AUGUCACACGGACUAUCUGCAAUAGUCGAGUCUCGACUAUGGGACAGCAAUGUAACAUUGUUUCGCAUAAAGCAACACCUUUUCACACUCUGGCUCUUCACGGUUACCGACAUUGAAACGGUCAUCCUCCCUUGUACUGUUCUAGGGAUUUCAAAUAUUCUUGCUCAGUCACCGGUCAUUCUUGACGAGUGGCUUCAUAUUUUCAAACGAACUUUGACAGUCGUUAUUUGGUUGUGGGUCAACCUGGUCCCCCUCACUAUCAGCAACCAGCGCGGUCCUGCUUCCAUCCUUGAGGAUAGUGCCAAUAAGCCCUGGCGACCGUUGCCCAGCAGAAGAAUUACACCACAUCAGGCAAAGCGUGUCAUGUUGGCUUUUUAUGUUGUAUCUCAGAUAUAUAGUCGCAUGUACAGCGGUGGAGGGCUUCAAAGCUUCGGCCUCGCGAUUUUAGGAACCUGGUACAAUCGCUUCGAAGGUGGCGAGCACCAUCCUCUGCUGCGAAACUUUAUCAACGCUCUGGGGUAUUUGUGUUUUACCUCUGGGGUUGUGGAAAUUGCAUUGGGUGAUACUAAGCAUCAACAUCACCGAUCCUUGGACUCAGGGGAAUAUAUCGGCCAUAUGGAUUCUCCGAAGCUAUGGCCUGCAGUUAUCACAGGUAUCAUUGUAUCGACAAUGCACAUUCAGGACAUGUAUGAUCAGGAAGGAGAUGCAUUGAGGGGCCGUAAGACACUUCCGCUAGUCAUUGGUGAUAAAGCUACUCGUCGGAGCCUUGCAAUUGCCAUGGUUCUUUGGGGAAUAAUUUGUCCAAUAUUGGCACAAGUUGAAGACUUGGUAUUUUUGGCUAGUUGCUUGCUGACAUUUUCCAUUGCAUUUCGAACAUUGACAUGGAGGGAUCCUGCAAGUGACAAAAUCACUUAUCGGGUGUGGAAUAUAUGGGCGUCACUGGUGUUCAUUAUGCCGUUGUUGGGUGUACAGAAACAACCGACGACGUGA